UUCCAGGAGAACCGCCCGCCGCUCGUGCUGCUAGGCCACUCCCGGGGAGCGCGAGACUACACUGUUUCAGGCGCUUUGCUUGGCUCUCUCAGUGUUUAUGCGAAUGUGCUCACUGCUCUCUCGUGGAGUGUGUGUGCGUUUUCACCAUUCGCCCGUGCAGGGGGCCACUAUAAAGCAUGUAGUACCUGGAUCACCUCGGGGUCUCGAGAAGUAUUCCCACCGGGAUCAAACGGAAAAACGGAUUAUAUUACCCAUUGUGGAAUAGUAUUAAUGGACGCCUAACAGGGAUAUAACGGGGGACUUUAACGGCCGGAGGGGAGAGAGGGUUUCUCUUCUCGGUAAAUGAUCGGAGAGGAAGCUUCCAUUUUGAGAGAGAAUCAUGGCGAGCGACUCCCCUGCCCGGAGCCUGGAUGAGAUAGACCUGUCAGCGCUACGGGACCCUGCUGGUAUAUUUGAGCUAGUGGAGUUGGUGGGAAAUGGAACCUACGGGCAGGUCUACAAGGGUCGGCAUGUCAAAACAGGCCAGCUUGCGGCGAUCAAAGUUAUGGACGUCACUGGCGAUGAGGAAGAGGAGAUUAAAGCAGAGAUCAACAUGUUGAAGAAAUACAGCCACCAUCGUAACAUUGCUACCUACUACGGUGCCUUCGUCAAGAAGAACCCACCUGGUAUCGACGACCAGCUAUGGUUGGUGAUGGAGUUCUGUGGGGCGGGCUCGGUGACAGAUCUGAUUAAGAACACCAAGGGGAACUCUCUGAAGGAGGAGUGGACUGCCUACAUCUGCAGAGAGAUCCUCAGGGGUCUGACCCAUCUCCACCAACACAAGGUCAUCCACAGAGACAUCAAGGGUCAGAACGUCCUGCUGACAGAGAACGCAGAGGUCAAAUUGGUGGACUUCGGUGUGAGUGCUCAGUUGGACCGUACUGUGGGGAGGAGGAACACGUUUAUAGGAACGCCCUAUUGGAUGGCUCCUGAAGUCAUCGCCUGCGACGAAAACCCUGAGGCCACCUACGACUUCAAGAGUGAUCUGUGGUCUCUGGGUAUUACGGCUAUAGAGAUGGCAGAAGGAGCACCGCCACUGUGUGACAUGCACCCAAUGAGGGCUCUCUUCCUGAUCCCCAGGAACCCCGCCCCCAGACUCAAGUCCAAGAAGUGGUCUAAGAAGUUCCAGUCGUUCAUUGAGAGUUGCUUGGUGAAGAGUCAUGGUCAGAGACCCAACACAGAACAGCUGUUGAAGCACCCCUUCAUCAGAGAGCUGCCCAACGAACGACAGAUCCGCAUCCAGCUGAAGGACCACAUCGACAGAACCAAGAAGAAACGCGGAGAGAGGGAUGAGACAGAGUAUGAGUACAGUGGCAGUGAGGAAGAGGAGGAGGAACGGGACAUGGGGGAGCCAAGCUCCAUCAUCAACAUCCCUGGGGAGUCGACGUUGAGGCGGGACUUCCUGCGGCUGCAGCUAGCCAAUAAGGAGCGUUCUGAGGCUCUGAGGAGGCAGCAGUUGGAGCAACAGCAGAAUGAGGAACACAAACGCCUCCUGUUGGCAGAGCGGCAGAAACGCAUAGAGGAGCAGAAAGAACAGAGGAGGAGACUGGAGGAGCAACAGCGUAGGGAACGUGAGAUGAGGAAGCAACAGGAGAGAGAACAAAGGAGACGCUAUGAAGAGAUGGAACAACUACGGAGAGAUGAGGAGAGGAGGCACGCGGAGAGAGAACAGGAGUAUAUCCGUAGGCAGCUGGAGGAGGAGCAAAGACAGCUGGAGAUUCUACAGCAACAACUACUCCAGGAGCAGGCUCUACUGAUGGAGUACAAGCGUAAGCAGAUGGAGGAGCAGCGGCAGGCGGAGCGUCUCCAGAGACAGCUGCAGCAGGAGAGAGCCUACCUGGUGUCCUUACAGCAGCAGCAGCAGGAGCCACGGCCACAAGACACCAAACAGCUGUACCACUACAAAGACACAGCCCCCAAUAACGACAAACCUGCCUGGGCCAAGGAGGUGAUGCGUCGAGCCCAGAGUAACUCCCCUCGUAUUCCUCCCAAGAAGCACCACUCCUUUAACCUGCCUGGAGACGCCAGCCUAUCACACCUCCUCCUGCUCCCUGGUUACAAACCCCGCCCCCGCCCCCCCUCCUACCCUGCCCAAUCAAGUCACUCCAGGGAGAGGCUCCUCCAAACAGAAGGCAAUAAUGUGACUGUUCCGUGUAUACAUGUGUCCUGCGCCUCUGAUCCUGCCCCUGACUCCUCUUAUCCAAUCCUGCAUCAUCCCGAGGCCAGAAGGAGGAGCCCUGAGGGAAGAGUCCAGGAGUCUAGGGGGAGGAGUCCAGGUCGACUGGUAGAAGAGCGUUCCAAGCUAAACAGACAGAGUUCUCCAGCGCUGCAACAUAAAGUGUCCAACCGUAUCUCUGAUCCAUCCCUGCCCCCCCGCUCAGAGUCGUUCAGCAGCGGGGGCAUACAGCAGGCCCGAACACCCCCCAUGCACCGCCCCGUAGAACCACAGAUGGCCCACCUGGUGCAGGUGAAGUCCCAUGGUCUGUCUGGGUCCCAGUCUCUCCACGACCCUGCAGGGGUCACAGGCCUGUCCCCCUCCCCAUCCUCCGGCCGCCCCCCCAUGCCCCGCCAGAACUCUGACCCUACCUCAGACACCCCUCCUUCUAUACCUCUCCCCCGCCUCGCUCCCCCCCUCGACAAACUGGACCGCAGCUCCUGGCUACGAACGGACCUAGACCUACCUCCUAAGGUGCCCCAGAGGACCACGUCUAUCUCUCCAGCCCUGGUCAGGAAGAACUCUCCUGGGAAUGGGCCUGCGGGCCUUGCUCCUAAAGCUGGAGCACACCUGAUACGGGCCAGUAACCCAGACCUGCGGAGGACUGAUGUCCCAAUGGAAACUCCCCUGAAGAGGAAGAGCAGUGGCAGCUCCUCCAGCUCCUCUACCCCUUCCUCCAAGGGGGGCAGCAACGAAAGAGGGGCAAAUCAAGCGGAGGGUUCUGGGCCACCGGCCCAGGAGACCAAAGAAGAAAACAGAGAUGUGACGCUGACACGACCUAGCAGGCCCGCGAGCUAUAAGAGAGCUGUAGAUGAGGACCUGACAGCUCUAGCCAAGGAGCUGAGGGAGCUGCGUCAGGGGGAGGAGCCUAAUCGCCCGCCCGUCAAGGUGACGGACUACUCCUCAUCCAGUGACGAGUCACAGAGUGACGAGGAGGGAGAGGGAGGAAGUAACGACGGCUCUGUGUCUGUCAGCGACACCCCACGCAUCAUGCCGGCUGCGGGGCAGAGUAGUGGUGAGGUGUACGGUGUGAUGGGAGGACAUAAUGAUUCCUUCGGCAACAGUUCCCAAGACAGCACCCUGAUGAUGAGAGAGACCUAUGGGGACAGGAGGCGGAACUCCGCUCUCGCCGACAGCAACGGUUUCCCCCGAAACGCCAAUCUGCCCGAUCUGGUGCAGCAAAGCCCCUCCCCCAUGGUCUCCCCUGGCGAUGGCUCGGGGCGCAGCCACCCCAAAUAUGGCAUGGGCGAUGGGAGUGGCUCCAAGUCCUCCUCCUUCACGCCAUUCGUUGAUCCACGAGUCUACGGAACCUCCCCCACCGAUGAUGAUGAUGAAAACUCUGCCUCUGCUCUCUUUGCAAAUGAGCUGCUGCUUCAGGAGCAGGAGCAGGCCAGACUGAACGAGGCCAGAAAGAUCAGUGUGGUCAACGUGAACCCGACCAACAUACGACCUCAUAGCGACACGCCUGAGAUACGCAAAUAUAAGAAGCGCUUCAACUCUGAGAUACUGUGUGCUGCUCUCUGGGGUGUGAACCUGCUGGUGGGGACAGAGAACGGUCUUAUGUUGCUGGACCGCAGUGGUCAGGGGAAGGUGUAUAACCUGAUCAACCGCCGACGCUUCCAACAGAUGGACGUUCUGGAGGGCCUCAACGUCCUGGUCACCAUAUCUGGGAAGAAGAAUAAGCUGCGUGUGUACUACCUGUCCUGGCUGAGGAACAGGAUAUUACACAACGACCCCGAGGUGGAGAAGAAGCAGGGCUGGGUCACUGUAGGAGAGCUGGAGGGCUGUGUGCACUACAAAGUCGUGAAGUAUGAGAGGAUCAAGUUUCUGGUGAUCGCUCUGAAGAACUCAGUGGAGAUCUACGCCUGGGCACCCAAACCCUACCACAAGUUCAUGGCCUUCAAGUCGUUCACUGACCUACAGCACCGCCCCCAGCUGGUUGACCUGACAGUGGAGGAAGGUCAGAGGUUAAAGGUCAUCUAUGGCUCCAGCGUUGGGUUUCAUGUAAUCGAUGUCGACUCUGGCAACCCGUAUGACAUCUACAUCCCCUCCCACAUUCAGAGUCAGGUGACGCCCCAUGCCAUCGUGGUGUUGCCGCGGACCGACGGAAUGGAGAUGCUGCUGUGUUACGAGGACGAGGGCGUCUACGUCAACACCUACGGACGCAUCACUAAAGACGUGGUGCUGCAGUGGGGAGAGAUGCCUACAUCUGUUGCCUACAUCCACUCCAACCAGAUCAUGGGCUGGGGAGAGAAGGCCAUUGAGAUCCGCUCCGUGGAGACGGGACACCUCGACGGAGUUUUCAUGCACAAGCGAGCUCAGCGACUGAAGUUCCUGUCGGAGAGGAACGACAAGGUGUUUUUCGCCUCUGUGCGUUCUGGCGGCAGCAGCCAAGUCUUCUUCAUGACCCUGAACCGGAGCUCUAUGAUGAACUGGUAACCCUGGCAACCCCUCCUUACAUUCUCCCUCCAUACUGUACAUGCCUAACCAGAGGACAGGAUGGAGGGAUGAAAAGAGAGAACUGAGACAGAUGAGUGAACACAGAGCGGCUGCGGCUCAGUGGAGACGGGAGUAAAAGAAAAACCGUCUUCCAUCCAACUCUCAUCGCCAGCCAGCCAGACGUCUGCAGUACUAACCUCCCUCCACCAGAGGAACUAGAGAGGAGCUCUCCAACAACUCUCCAGAUUACGCUCAGCCAACACUCUCUCUGUGGUGCGUUUAGUUUCUCUCAGGCACCGUCCAAGAUGGCCCAUAUUCCCUAUACAGUGCAAUACUUUUGGCCAGAGUAGGGAAUAGCGUGCCGUUUUGGAUGUAGCCUCAGUGUUUUGUUUUUGGGAGGUGAUGACAAGAGGUGCUGGUGUAGUCUCCCUCAUGGGGUCAGGGGUCAGUGACUGAGGGUGUUGUCAUGACCCCUGACCUGUGUGCGUAUAUACGCGGUGGGGCUGAGUGUAGAUUCUUGACUGCAGGAUCACUUGAAAAAAUACAAAUAUUGAAACCAGUGGUCACAGAAAAUAUAUAUACUCUUGCCAUUCUUGUUCUAGUUCACCUGCGCUCCCCUCUUUCUCUGUGCUCCCCUCUUCUAUUUUACAUUCAAUCUAUUUGCCAUAUUUAUAUUCUGUGUUUCACAUCUGUAAAUACACAUUCUAUGAUCUGAAACGGAGCUGCUUCUCUAUCAGACACUCUUACACUGAGACGGAACAACGGAGGACAGAGAAAAGGAGGAGAUAGAAAGAGAGAAUGAUGAGAGCAGUCUGAGUUUGUUUAGUUCAUCUUCCUCCUGUAGAAAUUUCAUUAAAAAAAUGUGACAUGCUUCUUCAUGUUAAAGACUGCGAGAGAGGGAGAAGUGAUGGAGAGAUAGACGUUUGGGUUGGUUAAUUGUCAGGCUUCCUCCUACACCACCUCUUCUCUCAUCUCUUCCCCCCUUCCAUUAGUUGACCUGCUCCUCAACAUUUGCAUAGUGACACAUAUUCCACUUGUCGUCAUCACUUUUGACUUCUAAACUAAGGCAAUACACAGGUGUGGUCUGACUGAACAAAUGCGUGGUUGGAAAGAUUUAACUUUCCAAAAUGAGACCCACCAUGUUAUAGUCAGUUAAUACCUUAAACUGGGGGUGGGGGUGUAAAUGUACUCGAAAUAGCUUUAGAUGGCCAGGUGGAAUGACCACAUUAUGAAUCUCAACCGUUAAGUUUAAUCACAUUUAGUCUUCUAGGAUACUGUGUCUGACACUACUUGCAAAGGUAGUAGAAAGUUGAGGAGGGUGUCUGUGUUUACUGAACCAAUGAUGAUAGACUACUGAUGUGGGUUAUAUGUAAUAAAGGGUAAUAGAAAUGAGCCUACUCCAUCCACUAAUCCCAUACCUCUUCAGUCAUCAUAGAUCUGAAAUGACUGGUUAAAUAUAAGUGUGACCGACUGGUGUUUGAACCUGGGUCGGCAGCCAUCUUGCUUUCUCCUAUCUAGUCCUGUCAGAUCUUUGAACACUGCAGGGGUAUAAGUUAGAGGAAAAUGGGGUUGUUUCCAAGAAACCGUAGGGUAAAUAUGAUAAAGCAUUUGAUUAUGAUAUCUAACGGAUCAUUUAGAGAUAGACCACCAUCAUGUUCAUAAUAUAAGGCUUUCUACAGAGUAGAGAAAAUGGUUUCUACAAUAUGUUUUUAUCAUGUUUUUGUUGUUGUAUCAGACUUUGAACGUGUGCAAGAAUGAAAGUGUGCAUGUGUGACUUGUCUUCCCUGCUAACAGUACAGAAUUAAACUGCCACUGUUAGGUGUGUGUGUGUGUGUGUGUGUGUGUGUGUGUGUGUGUGUGUGUGUGUGUGUGUGUGUGUGUGUGUGUGUGUGUGUGUGUGUGUGUGUGUGUGUGUGUGUGUGUGUGUGUGUGUGUGUGUGUGUGUGUGUGUGUGUGUUUUCACCUCUUCUGAAUCACUGGAAUCAAUAACCCGCCCCCCAGACUGGUACUCCAGUCAACUAUGUGUUGUUGAAGCGUAACUGUCCUUGUACAGAGACAUGAUUAUGAUUACAUAGACGUCCUCCUCUGCUUUACUUCUCACUCUGUGUCUGGAUGUCUGUGUCUGACAUGUAAAGUACACGGCAGCCCUAUCUCACACUGUUGGCCACAUGGUUUCCCCCUGCCCCUUUGUCCCCCAUGUUCAGCUCCAUAACACACACACACACACACACACACACACAAAGAAACAAGCACCUGUGUGACAUACUAAAUAUUGGGAUGAUGUCCUGCUCUGCUGAGCGUCCAUAUGAUUUCCUUGUUUGAGAGCUAAUCUCAGUUGUGAUUUUCAUGUUCUUUUCUUGAAUUAGAACCAAUGUCAAUACUGCUGUACGUAGAUCUGGAGUCAUAGAGGGCUCUGUCUUUGGCUCCAUGGGAAUAGCUGUGUGGUCGGCUGUGUAUGGUAAACUACCCAAGGUGCUUCACCUCCAUGAUCUGUGUUUUUGUGACAAAGUGCUUGAAGUGGAAUGAAAUAGGUACCAGUACUUAUUUAAAUUCUACAGUACAGGUAAUCUCGACACCCAGAACCAAAUCUCAGCUGUGAAGGUUGUCACAAGAGACUAUAGUACACGGGUCCAUAUUUUAGAGCCAAUAUUCUGUAAGAGGUGCCAGUAUUCAAGCAGUAGCAUAUCAGAGGAGGCUGUUCUUUGUACCGAUCAGGACCGGCCCACUGGUCUGAGAGCACUUCUCUAGCGUUCUUUUCUGUCUGUGCAUGUGGAGGUGUGGGGAGAGAGAAGCAGGGCAGACUGCAGUAGGCCUACUUACAGCUUCUUUAGACUUUGGGCCUCCAACUUUGGCACAUCACAAAUAUGUAUGUUUUAAAUAUAAGUAAGUAGAAUUGGAUUAAACAUUGAUUAUAAGGGAACAAUGUUGGGAUGGUAUCUGUACACUGGAUCCUAGCUUCCUUUAGUGUUUAGCAAUAAAGAGCACUAGCUACUGACUUCUUUAGUCUUCUGCUGUUACUUCUGUGUCACCAUGACAGACACAGAGGUGCAGAGGUAGGUAGGAUGUAUGGGUGAUGAGCAUGGAUACAUGUGAUUAAUGGUGGUGAUUAAUUAAUGUGACUGGAAGCAUUUUGUUUAUGAAUUUUCCAUGUAACCUAUUCACACACCUCAUGUUUCCAAAUGACAACAUGCAUUAAAAAUGUGCUGUUUUUUCUUAAAUAAAAUAAGUUAAACAUGA